UAUUUAUUUAUUUUGCCUUUAUUUUACCAGGAAGUCCCACUGAGACACAAAAUCUCUUUUACAAGAGAUACCUGGCCGUACAAAAUCACAACAUAUUAAAAUAAUAAAUGAUAUACAAAAAUUCACAAUAAAACAGAAGAAUAGCUAUGCAAACACAGUGGCCUCUCAAGACAAACACAGAAAACAACAACCUAACCCCAUCACCACAUUGUUUAUGAUGCCCUUAAAUUCAUCAAUGGAUAUAAUCUGUUGCUAAUUUUAGAUGUUUUUGUAUAUUAUUCCAUGCCCAAGGUGCAUAGUAGGAAAAUGCAGUUUUCCCCAGAUCUGUCAAAACCCGGGGUACAUGCGGUAAUAGUUAUGCUUUACACUGUACAUGGUCCCUUACAAAUAAAAUAAAUUAAUGAAUAAACAAAUAAUAAUUUUUAAAAAAAAAAAAAGAAAGAAAGAAAUCUACUGGCUCCGAAGUCAACUUUGUACACUUUUGAUACGCACUAUUUCAACAUGGCACCACGAUAUUAAAAAAGGGAAGGCUCUGAAAACUCAGUUUAUUCUGAAAAUUAUUUUUUUUAAAUAUAUAUUUUACAAUAAUGAUAAUUAACAUCUUUGUCACAUGAAAUAGAUGUGUUUCAUCACACAGCCACUAGAUGGAGACGGAUUUCUUUACUUACAAAAAUCAAGGCCAUUCAUUAUUUCACUGGAGAUAUUAUGAGAGCAAUAAUCCACCAAUCAUAUCUCUCUCCUUUUUUUUUUUUUUAGUUCAGUAAACGCACUGAAUACUAUCUUGUCAUCUCAUUUGCGAAACACGACAACACAACUAAUUUUAGAGGAUUUUUUGACAACCCAUAGACAGAUCCUUUUGGCUUUAUAUCCGACAUGCAGGCGGUGAUUUUCUGAGUUUCUGAGGAACUGGUCCCGAGAAUGUCAUGCAUGGGAUUCACUCCGCUCCUCCUCCUUUAAAUCCUUCCUCACUACUCCUGUGAACUACUUUGAAGUGGACAGCCAGUGGGUAAGACCACCUGAGAGCCCUGAGAAUCAUGGAGAAAUCAGCCGACAGACCAAACAAGAAAAAAGUUGUAGCAGUGGUGGGCGGUGGAUUGGUUGGUGCCCUGAAUGCCUGCUUCUUUGCCAAAAGAGGUUUUGAUGUGGAGGUCUUUGAAACUCGGGAAGAUAUCCGGAAAGCUAAAGUUGUGAAGGGGAGAAGCAUCAACCUGGCCCUGUCUCACAGAGGUCGGCAAUCACUGAAGCAUGUUGGAAUGGAAGAUAAGAUUGUCUCCCAGGGAAUCCCCAUGCAUGCAAGAAUGAUCCAUUCCCACAAUGGGAAACAGUCUCCAAUCCCCUAUGGCAAGAAAGGCCAGUACAUCCUGUCAGUAGACCGAGCCAAUCUAAACAAAGAGCUGCUAACAGAGGCAGAGAAGUAUCCAAACACAAAGUUGAACUUCGACCACAAACUGCAGGACUGGAGUGCUGAAACAGGUUUAAUGACCUUUGUCAGGUCAGACGGGUCCAAGGAGGAGAUCAAGGUAGACCUGAUUGUAGGCUGUGAUGGAGCUUUCUCUGCCAUCCGCAAGCAAUUCCUUCGUCGCAGCCGCUUCAACUACAGCCAGACCUACAUCCCCCACGGCUACAUGGAACUCACCAUGCCACCCAUCAAUGGAGAGUUUGCCAUGAAGCCUAAUUAUCUGCACAUCUGGCCUCGAAACACAUUCAUGAUGAUCGCCCUGCCCAACUUGGACAAGACAUUUACCUGUACCCUCUUCAUGCCCUUUGACGAGUUUGAGAAGAUUACCACAGGAGAUGAAGUCAUUGAGUUUUUCCAGAAAUACUUCCCUGAUGCCAUACCACUAAUAGGAGUUGAUGCUCUCAAGAGGGAUUAUUUCCGAUUGCCUGCGCAGGCCAUGGUGUCUGUCAAGUGCUCCCCGUAUCACAUUGGCGACAAAUGUGUCCUUAUGGGCGAUGCAGCCCACGCAGUGGUGCCUUUCUAUGGGCAGGGGAUGAAUGCUGGCUUUGAGGACUGCAUUGUCUUCGAUGAAGUAAUGGAUCAGUGCAAUGAGGAUCUCAGUGCUGUACUUCCUGAGUAUACCAGAGUGAGAGUCCCAGAUGACCACGCAAUUGCAGACCUGGCCAUGUACAACUACAUUGAAAUGCGAGCACAUGUCAACUCCAAAUGGUUCCUCUUCCGAAAGCAUGUUGAUAACUUCCUCCACUUUUUCAUGCCCAAGACAAUAAUUCCACUUUACACAAUGGUCACCUUCACCAGGACAAGGUACCAUGAAGCCGUGGAGCGCUGGCAUUGGCAAGACAAAGUGAUAAACCGUGGCCUGCUGGUCUGUGCUACAGGAGCUGUUUUGGGAGGCUCUUACCUCCUCGUGAAAAAUCCUCCAGAUAUCAGCAAGCUUAGCAUCCCUGCUGAGAAAAUGUGGAACAGGCUUGUGGCCUUUGGGACCUCCUGAGCACUGGCACCAUGUCUGAUCUGAUAGACAAGUGCAAAGACCAGAGCAUCAAACACUAUAAUGAACUGGACGGGUCCAGAUUGUAAUUAAAUCCUCUAAUUCAGACAGGUAAUUAAUGUACUGUAAUAAUGAUUGUCGUACCUCAUACCAGUCAUAAUGAAUUUCUGGAUUUAAAUAAGAUCUUAAAUCUUAUCUGAAAAAAUCCAGCACUGGGCUCAAACCAGUAUCAGUUACACACUUGUGAAAUCUGUUAAAAUCGCAUCAUCAAUCAUUAUGUGUUCAAUAUGAUUUUGCACAAUUUUAAAUGUGAAAACAAAAAAGUCAGUAUUAAACUCAGGCUCACAGAAAGCGUCUUGGAUACAUAGUGUAUGAGUUCAUAGAUAAAUACACAUAGAUACCACAUUGGGUGCUGCUAGUCAUUGUAUCAAUGUGUCAACACGGCCACCAUACUGGUCUGGUCUAGUCGCCCCUCUGAAUGCAUACAAGUAUAUUGUGAGAAGAGGUUCGUCUGCUCUUACAGCUCCCAUAACUCACUGAAUUGUCCAUCAAUCAGUCAAUUUUCAAAGACUUUGGGUUUUCAUGAUUUUCAUACCAAAAUACCUCUGUUUAAUACAGUCACAGUAAGACAAUGUAACCACAAUGAAUUCAAGUUGAGCUUACGUUUUGUAAUUAUUUUAGAAGUAUAUUCUGUUUUCAUAUUGUGUUGUAAUAUGGCUACUCAAUACCUUCUCAAUAGUUAUAACUAUUAAAAAUGUCAAAUAUCA